CUUUUCCAUUUAGUAUCUAUUAUUCUGUGUUCAUUUCCUAGUCUAUGGUGUUUGUAAACAAAAAUAUUGUCUGGGAGUGGAAAUUAUGUAAUAAAUCAAAUAAAUAUUAUAAUUAUCCACCACUACCACUAUUAUAUUUAUUUAUCAUUAGAAAUGACUUCACAACAAAAAACUCGUAUGUCAUUACAAUAUUUACAAACCAUAGUGAAAAAUUAUAAGAAAAAUAAAUUUUUAAGAUAUGGCUUACCAUUUCUUAUUUUUACGGUUGGAGGAUCGCUGGCAUUAAAAGAGUGGACACAGAUAAGGUAUCAAUUUGCACAGGUGAAAGGUAUGAGCAAUGCAGAGGCAGAAAAAAUGGGUCUCCACAGAGACAAGAAAGUAACUCUGGAGGGUGUCUAUGAUGAAAUACAGAAACUGGACAUUGAUAAUUGGGAGAACAAGAGAGGACCCCGACCCUGGGAACCUGCAGAGGAGAAGAAGGAAUAGUUCUUGUAUAUUAAAUAUUAUUUAAAAUAAAUUUAGUUAACUUUUAGAAUAAUA